AUGCCUCCUAAUAAAAAUUCAGAGACGUCUGAAAACUUUUUCAAGUCUUUCAUCACUUUUGGGCACGACCUUCUGGAAAACGUGAAAUCUGAAAACCGUGAGCUGAUCUUUGAUUUCCCAAUAUUCAAAUUGGCGUUUCUAGAAAAACGAGCCGAUGAACAACGAAAUGCAAAUAACGACAAAGCCUCAGAAUCUGCAUCAGAUAAUUGGGAGAAUCUAAACGACGCCGCGUUCGACAAAAAAAUAAUCGAAGAAAAACGGCGAGUCUCAGCUGAAAAAGCAGUCCUCGAAAAAGAGUUAUGCAACUUGAAAUGUUCAAAGUCAAAAUUGAUAAAAGAUAGAUCAGAAUGGGAAACUAAAUUGAAGGAUGCGCACGAUAACCACCUUCAAACUCUGGACGACGAAGAACUCAAAAAUCUUGAAAAACGGUUUGCUGCCAAUUAUACAGCUCUUUUAGAGCUGUUCAAUCAACUGUCGUUCCCUUCUGUCAGUGCUCAAGCCGACGAAUUGCAAAAUGAGCUUCUAGAUCUUCAAAAAGAAAGAGAUAAUUUGUCCACAAAAAUAAACGAACUACAAUCUUCAAUUGAUCAGUUAGAGGUUCAGCUGAAACCAACAUUUGGAGUAUCCUACAAGGAAAGAAACGUGCUGAGAAUCAUGCUAGGAAAUCAAUUGAAGAAUAUUCGCAAAGAAUAUCAAAAGUCGCGUUUGAUCGAGGAAAGUCUCAAGUCAAAGCUUGCAUCUUAA